UCCUCUUAGAUGAAAACUUCAAUGCUAAAAUUUCUGAUUUCGGAUUAAGUAAGCUCAUUGAUCGGGAUAAGAGCCAAGUGAUCUGAUUACAAGAAUGAGAGGCACACCUGGAUAUUUAGCUCCUGAGUGGUUGACAUCCCAAAUCACAGAAAAAGCCAAUGUAUAUAGCUUUGGCGUUGUGGUCAUGGAAAUCAUCAGCGGUAGAAAGAAUCUUGACACUUCGCGGUCUGAAGAAAGCAUCCAUCUUAUUACCCUUCUAGAAGAAAAGGUGAAGAGUGAUGAGUUAGAAGAUUUGAUUGACAAGUACAGUAGUGACAUGCAAGUACACAAGCAAGAAGUAUUGGAGAUGAUGAGGCUUGCAAUGUGGUGUUUACAAAUUGAUUCUAAAAGAAGGCCUCAAAUGUCUGAGGUGAUCAAAGUCUUGGAAGGUCACAUGAACGCAGAAAGCAAAAUUGAUCAUAACUUUGUCGCAACAAGUAAAACAAUGUUUGGUAUUGCUGAAAAUACAGGUUCCUCAGAUCCACCUCAAGCCUCACAUUUAUCAGGCCCCAGGUGAAAUGGGGGUAACUGUGAGAAGUUAGUAGCCUAGGUUAGACACAGAUAUGUGUAUCCAGGAAAAGCCAUUAUCUGUUUUAUUUUUUCCCAA